AUGAAAUUAAUCCGUAUUCCAUCAUUUAUCAUGGUGACUAAAUUUUAUUUACUAUUGUUAUUCCUUUUGGUGAAUUCGGAUAAAAAUGUUGUUUUAAAUAACAAUCCAUCUGAUUUUUAUCAACAAAUAAAUGCUUGGCCAGAUUUUCAAUUGGCAGCAUUUACUGAUUUAAAUGCUGAUCGUCGAAUGGAUGUUAUAUUUGCCAAUGGUGAUGGUUCAAAAUUAUUUGCUGUUCUACAAUCUGAUAAUAAAGGCUUUCAAUCCACUUCACCAAUAUUAUCUAGUGUGAAAUUUUCCCCACCUGUUGAAAUAAUUGAUAGUUUUUUGUCUAAGCCUAUCCGUGGUGUCGCUACUUCUGAUUUCAAUGGAGAUUCUCGGAUUGAUCUUUUAUUAGUCACCGGUAGUUCAGAUGGGGGACCAUUUGAUGUAUAUGUAGCUUAUGGCUCAAGUGGUAAAUAUCGCGGGAAAUUCGAUUCACCAAAAUUUUUGGAUACUUUUACUUCUCAACCAUUGGUAUGCGAUUUAAAUUCUGAUAUGAUUGCUGAUGUGUACGGCGAAGUGUCAGGACAUCGAGUAGCAUAUAUAGGCGGAAAUGAGCUUACGAAAUUAUCCGAUGCCUAUUCUGGCCCUUCAUGGUCUCGACUUGGUUAUUCAGCUUUCGGGGAUAUCAACAGAGAUGGUGUUCCUGAUAUUGUAAUCCUUGUGGAUAAUGAGAAUACACAACAAUUACAGCUGAUACUACGUACUCAAUCAUCGAUUGGUUCUUUGCCUGAUGCAACUAAUGCUGAAUUAAUUUAUCUCGAUCCUAAGUUAUUAAGUACUCCACAAUCUGUCUUGGGAUUAUUCGUGUUGAAUGAUUUCGACUAUGAUGGUUCAAUCGAUUUACUUCUACCUGUAUGCAGGGACGCUAAAUGUUUGGAUACCAGUAGUAUAAAUAUGUAUUCUUUCAAAGAUCGAAAGUGGUUUCCUGUUAAUGUAAUAUGGGAGCCUUCAAAUGUUAAAGAAAAUACUAUGCGAUGGUCUUUAACAUCCACUCCACAAACAAGAUCUGGUCUAUUGACCAGUUCAUUAAUUGGUCCAGCAGUCGGUGAUGUCAAUAUGGAUGGCAAACCUGAUUUAAGUUUAGGUGUUACAAGUUGGUCAAAAAGUGGUCAAAAUAUGGGUGUUUAUCCUGGAGCGUUCGUUAAUAAAGGAUUAGAUUCUAAUGGAGUUCUUACUUUUCAACUUACUCUACUUCCGGGUGUUCAACUGCCACCAGACAAUACUAGGCUACGUCAGUUGGCAUUUUUUGAUCAAUCUGAUGAUAGUAUUUUGGAUUUCUUCAUGGUUUCUCUAAAUUCCCAUGAUCAACCAUCAGCCCAGUUAUUCCUGAGUACUGUGGAUACUGAUCCAUACUUCUUAAAGGUUACUGUUCUUAACGGACUUUGUUCAUCUGCGGAUUCAUGUUCAGAUGGUAGAUUACCUUAUGGUCUUAUGGUACCUGGAAUAAGUUCAAACCUCAACACUGAAGCUGCUACUGGAGGUCGUCAUCUUUCUGCUGCACUUUUAGGUUCACAAAGUUGUUGUAGUGCUCUUCAAGUACCGUUUGAAAUAUUUGGUUUAGGUCAAUUUGCUAAUUAUGUUGAAAAAUUGACAAUUUCUAUACCACCAUCAAGAGAACUUAUUCGAUCACGUUUACUAUCGUUUAUUGUUCCAAAAGCUCAAAUUGUUAUCAAUCCAUAUCCAUUAGAUAAUCCUUCUGCAUGGACUAUGAAAUUGUUUCUUCAACCAUUAUACAAUAUGAAAGUACUAUAUAUAGCUGUAACACUACUAUGUAUUUGUAUUCUACUCAUAAUUAUUAUUGGUAUUCUUCAAUGGUUUGAAUUUCGUGAAGAUCGUUUAGAAAAACAAAAAGAAUCUCAACGUUUUCAUUUUGAUGCAAUGUGA